GCAACUGCUAUCAAGGUAGGUAACUAAACAAGGAAUUAAUAUUUGAGGGCUUAGUGAGCUUGCAGAGACACUGUUUCCUGUGCUCUUAAUGAAAGAUUGAGGCACGCAGUAGUUUCAUCAUGGCAUUAGCAAGUGGACACUGGAUUCGAAAAGAAGCGAUUGGAGACCCUCCAACUCCUAGACAUGGACAUGCAUUGGCUAUUGCAGGAAAUAUAGCAUUCCUAUUUGGAGGCUGUUCCUUUUAUAAUACUUUUGAUGAUCAGCCAACAUAUUUCAAUGACUUCUACAUGUUGACAAUUACUCCUACUGAUCUGACUUGGGAAAGAAUACCACAGGAUGGACAUAUUCCUUGUCCAAGGCAAGGGCAUUCACUUUGCAUAGUAAAAGACAAGAUAUAUUUAUUUGGAGGUUCUUCAAGUGAGAAUGCUGAGCACUGCCUUCCAGGCAUCUACAUAUUUGAUCUUGGUUCCUUAACCUGGCAGAAAGUUACUACCACUGGUAUUGCACCUCUAACUCUCAAACAUAGUUCAGCUGUUGUAGGGGAAAACAUCUAUAUGUAUGGUGGUACACAGUGUGGAAAAGCUGUUGAUGACCUAUAUGUGUUCAAUACAGUCUCCCAGAGUUGGACUCCAGUCAAAACAUCUGGUUCAGCCCCAGGCGCCAGGUCAGGCCAUGCUUUUGCAUCCAUUGGAGAAAUCAUCUAUAUGUUUGGAGGUUGCUCCAACGAAGAUGACUAUUGUACAGAUGUGUUUGCACUGGACACAGCAUCUUUAUCAUGGCAAAAGUGUGAAGUCAAGGGAGAAAAGCCAGUUGGAAGGUCAUAUCAUACAUUUACAGCGCACCAUGAUAAGGACAUUUAUCUGUUUGGAGGAACUUCAGAGUCCAAAGAGGGUCGCAAAAUCCAAAGAAAUGAUAUUAUGAAAUUAAGUUUAGCACGGAUGAAAUGGAAGAUGCCACUUUAUGUAGGGAUCCCUCCUGCUUGCAGACAGAACCAUGUUGCUUUUAUUCUCCACAGCCAUCUCUAUAUCUUUGGCGGAGUAAAUGGAAAAGAUUUCAAUGAUCUCGUAGGAAUGAAAUUGAUAAAACCUUCAGACAGACAACCUAUUAUGAAGGAGAUUUUUUCAGAACUGGGAAUCCAAGAAAUAAACAACAGGUUUACACCCACCAAAAUCCCCAAAGUGAAAUAUGAACUAACAGAUUCUGUUUUGCUGGCUGAAUCAGUUUCUCCGCUACCUCCUGUUCCAAUAGCUCAGCUCCAGGAUUUCCAUUCUGUGCGUAACCAAGCUAUGGAGAUGAUUUCAAGGGCCUUUGAUUUGCUGGAUUCUGAAUUUCAAAAGCUCAAAAUGGCGAAGGCUGAAUUGCUCCAAGCAACUUCGGCUUUCCAACAGGAAAAAGAGCAAUACGACAUACACUUUAAAAAUCAACACAAGGACCUCCAAGACAUGCUAGAAAAACACAAGGCUCAAAAUGAAGCAUGGCUCAGAGCCAGGGCUGAAGAAAAUGACAAGGAAAGAAAAGAGCUCUACAGACUAAGGACUUCCAUCUCAUCCAAGAAUAGCUCUCUGGAGAGACCAACUCUGCUGCUUGACAUCCUGGUGUUCUAUUUAUGUUAUCUAAGGGAGAACACAGACCAGAUUCGUAAAAGUUCCUGAUCCAAUAGGUUUGGAAAAUAUAGGCAAAAGUGUUCUCCAAAGCACAUUCCAGAAGAGUGGUUUCCUACAGAAGAGGCGAAGAACCUUUGGUGGCCUGUUCUUCUUAGCUGCCUGCAGUUUUCUGUUUUAUGCUGCACAUGGAUGCUUCUAAAUCUUCAAAAGUAAAAUUGUGUUUCUAAAGUCCCAAAGUAAAAAACAAAAACCAAGUAAGUUAAGCAAACCUGACUAUUACUGACUGACUGAAACAUGCUGAGAAGCAAACAACCUCAUCCUCAACACUAAAAGCUACAGUUUGUUUCCUUCCUAACUCAUUUUUAACAUCUGUCUUUGAAACAUAAAUUACUUUUGUUUCAGCUUUUGUGAAUGUGACAGGAAAAGGAGUGUAAGUAGUUGAUUGAUCUUGCAAUGUUGCCUUCUAAUGUACUGGAAACUGAAAAUGCUUAAGUAAGAAAUAUCCUUAAUAGUGGUAGAAAUUGUGUGAAAGAUGGAUGCUAUCAUGGCAAUGAAAGAGGGAGAAAGCUUGCAUAGCAGGAUAUUCUACUAUAGUAAUGGACUGCAACUGAGCAAGUCCAAAUCCCACACAUUCCCAGGCUUCUAGCUGAACCCAAUACCUCUAUAAUAAAACAACAAAAUCAAAAUCUGAUUUUUGCACUAUUUUAUUUCCAGUAAUUAAAAAAGGUAUUUUUCUGGAUUGGCCAAGGUAGCCAUAGUUUAAUACUGAGAAUUGUAAACCACAAAAGUAGUAUCUCCAAUCACUAAGCAAUCUAAAGACAUGCUACAAUUUAUAUGAUGCAAGAGAGGCUUUAAGGGGUCAGCAGGGGAACAUAAGAAGCCACUUCAGUAAAAAGUUAGGCCAUGGCCCAUCUAUCCCAGUCCUCCAGUUGCUAUUGGGCUGCAAUCUACAGCAAGCAUAUCCAAUGAUAAGGGUACCAGGAAGCUGCAGUGCAACAAUUCCUAGAAGGCUAUAUCAUUCCUACUGCUGAUUGAACCUAUUAUUAUCUACCCUAACUGGCAGCAGCUCUCCAGGGUCUUUGGCAAAAACAAAAAAAAAUCUGUUUUCAAUUUUCUGUUUUCUGAUCCUUGAGCAAGGGCGACUUGAAGUGUUGGAAUCUAUUGGUACCAGCAAAGGUUCUCUGUUUCUUUACUCCAUCAAAACAGAUGGAAAUAAUGGGAAAUGCAAAUGAACAAAAACAGCAACAAAAGAGAAUUGGUUUUGCAAUUGGUUGUAGGGAUUAUUACACCAUUUUAAAAAUGAAGGUAUUCCUCAUUCAAUUACUAUUUCAAGUUUCUUCCAUAUAUUUAGAGGUCUCGUAUAGAUGGUACUACUUGUUGCAACAAUACUAAAUAUUCCCAGAAUUCAUCUGUAGUAUGUCAUGGCUAAGAACCCAUGAUUCUGUUCAACCAAAGAAAUGCACUAUUCACAUCCUCCCUCCUUCCUGUUACUGGAAACAUGUGGUUUACAUGAGUAAAACAGGUUCAGACUGGAGUGGCCAUCCACUUCAUAAAUAAUACCUUUUGAUUCUUCAAGUGUUUUUAAAAUCAGAUGCAGAAGUCUGAGUCACAAUAAAGAACUAUUAUAAAUUAGCAGUCAGCAAGUUGUACAGUUAGGGAAACAGGGAAGUCAGGGACAGACCUCCACACCUGAAAUAUUUUUAUUUUAAAAUAUUUGCAUUGAUCACAAGCUCGAUAAAAUAAAAACAGAAUAAAAAUACAUAAAAAUAAAACUACAAAGACAAUAGACAAAGCUACUAAACAGACACAAAAUUAAAAAUUAUAAAAACUGGCCAUACAGCCUACUAAAAAACUCAAGUACCUAAAUAUAAAAUUAUAACAAAAGACAAAAAGAGAAAAAGAUGACUUUCAACUAUCUUUUCUAUAGUUACAUAUUAUUCCCUCCAGUCCCACCUCUGUCUAUUUGUUGAAGAGAAAUUACAGUAGAGUCUCACUUAUCCAACACUCGCUUAUCCAACGUUCUGGAUUAUCCAACACAUUUUUGUAGUCAAUGUUUUCAAUACAUCGUGAUAUUUUGGUGCUAAAUUCAUAAAUACAGUAAUUACUACAUAGCAUUACUGCGUAUUGAACUACUUUUUCUGUCAAAUUUGUUGUCUAACAUGAUGUUUUGGUGCUUCAUUUGUAAAAUCAUAACCUAAUUUGAUGUUUAAUAGGCUUUUCCUUCAUCUCUCCUUAUUAUCCAACAUAUUUGCUUAUCCAACGUUCUGCCGGCCCGUUUACGUUGGAUAAGUGAGACUCUACUGUACACUUCAUCUAUUUAUUACUUACUUAGGCGAUCCCUCGUAGUUCGAGGAUGAUGGUCCUCCAUCUACGCUAUCUUGGGAAUGGAUCCGUAGAUGG